GGGACAAGUCACUGAUGGUGUAGUGGUACACUCGCCUCACUCGGGGGCUGUGUGGGUUCAGUUCCCAGUCAGUGAUCGUGAAUUGGUUGGUGUUCUAAGGUGGCGGAAGAUAACCAAACCUGGACAGCAGUUGAGCCGUCGCAGAUCCCAAGAAGAAAGUGGGUGGCGAUGUGAACCAAACAUUUAACACGAUCACUCUUCAUGUCAUCCAGAGAAGCGCAUGGACCUGCCUUUACGCACCAGUGCUACUGCGACUAUAUCUGGAUGCUGCGAGAUUGAAGCAUCCUAAAAACUCCAGGCGGUGUACAUUUUCUUAAUAUUAGCUAUAGAAUCUGUCGGAACCGAGCAGAAACAGCGCAGAAUCCGAGGGUUCGCGUCCAGUGCCGGCGAGGGCUGCGUUGUUAGCGAUGGAGCGGUGGAAAGGCAGAGUGGCCCUGGUGACCGGAGCUUCUGUGGGCAUUGGAGCGGCCGUGGCCCGGGCACUCGUCCAACAAGGCAUGAGGGUGGUCGGCUGUGCCAGGAAUGUCGACAAAAUUGAGAAGCUGGCGGCAGAAUGCCAGAGCGCAGGAUACAGCGGGACAUUGAUCCCGUACAAGUGCGACUUAUCCAACGAGGAGGAGAUCCUCUCUAUGUUUUCAGCCAUCAAAACACUCCACAAAGGCGUGGACGUGUGCAUUAACAACGCCGGGCUAGCCCAUAACGAGCCUCUCCUCAGUGGGAAAACAGAAGGCUGGAGAAAUAUGAUCGACGUGAAUGUUCUAGCCUUGUCCAUCUGCACCCGGGAGGCUUACAAAUCAAUGAAAGAGAGGAAUGUGGAUGACGGUCACAUCAUCAAUAUUAACAGUAUGGGUGGGCAUCGAAUGGUGCCAAGUGCUGACGAGCAUUUCUACUGUGCCACCAAAUAUGCGGUGACUGCUCUGACCGAAGGAAUAAGGCAAGAACUGAGGGAAGCCAACACCCACAUUAGAGCAACUUGUAUAUCCCCCGGGAUAGUGGAGACUGAGUUUGCCUUCCGUCACCACAACAACGAUCCAGAAAAAGCAGCUGCAGUGUACGAGAGUAUGAAAUGUUUAAAAGCAGAAGACAUAGCGAGCGCAGUCACAUUUGUCCUCAGUGCCCCUCCUCAUGUCCAGAUUGGAGAUGUUCAGAUGAGGCCGGUUGAGCAGGUGUCCUAGCUGUGAAACAAGAGGGGAAGACGCUGCAGGAGGAGCCCUAAAGUCAGCAGCCACGGCGACUCGUUAGCGACCUCUGCUGAGCGCGGGUGGGAGUUGGGUGGGGUGAUGAAUCAGCGACAGGGUUUGGAUGUUGAGGACCGCAAGGAGUCAAGGAGGGCUGGAGGUCAGAUAGAUGAAAGAAAUGAAGGGUGUGGACUAAAACCACAGUGAAAAUACUACUGAAUGGAGCCACCAGUUGUUCGUUAACUGAGCCGACUCCAAAGUUUGUUGGCGGUUUAUGCCGUGUCAUGUGGUCAUCUACUGUACAGUAUACGACCAUAACUUUAGAGAAUGACUCUGCUAUUGACUGCACAUUUAAGGUCAUAUUACAUAUCUAUUUGAAGUUCAAUUUAAAUGGUAAUUGUUUGUUUAUAUUAAUUCGUGUUAUUAUUUUUAUAAUUGUUUGACUUGAUGAUAGGCAGAGCUGCUGGGAUAGAAAAAUAACUGUAGAAAGUACUGUUGUUUUCACUUUAUUUAACUGUUUAACAUUCUCUUAAGGCCUGCCACCUUUACAUACAAUAUUGACAUGUUCACUUGUCUAUGAAUUUAAACUGUACACAUUUAACCCUUAUGUGCAGAUUCAAAUAAUUUCUAAAAUAAAAAUAGACGUACUAAUUA